AUCCCAUUCUUCUAAACUUGCUUCAUCUUAGAAGUUAAUUAAAAAAGGAAACAAAGAUUAGUUGAUUAAUAAUAUAUUUAUAUAAUGGAUCAAGUGAGAGGAAGUAAUAAACCUUCUAGCUCUACAACCAAAGUUGAAAGAAGACUGGUUGAGAAAAACAGAAGAAAUCAGAUGAAGAUCCUUCACUCCAAACUCAACUCUCUUCUCCCUAACUAUAAUCCCAAGGAAUUGGCGUUACCGUUACCGGACCAAGUAGACGAGGCGAUAAACUACAUAAAGAGUUUAGAGGCAAAUGUGAAUAUGGCUAAGGAGAAAAAAGAGAGAUUAUUAGAGGGAAAGAAGAAAAGAUCACGCAAAUAUUUUUCGGAUCUACCAAAAUUGUCACGUUUUGAAAUUCACGAAAUUGGUUCUUCUCUACAAAUCAUUCUCACUUGCGGGUUAGAUAACCAGUUCAUUUUCUAUGAAAUCAUUCGCGUGUUACAUGAAGAGAAUAUAGACGUUAGAAGUAUCAAUUCCUCGACUGUUGGAGACAAUUCACUCAUUCAUGUCGACGUGCAUGCUGAGAUUCCUCAAUCUUGUGUUCAAUUUGGAGCAACAAAAGUGAGUGAGAGAUUGAAAAGGUUUGUGAAUGGAUCCUGCAGUGAUGUGAAAAUGCAGCCUGAUGAGUUGUGGGAUUUUGAAAUUGGAACUGAUUUGUGGGGUUUAAUUUCUAGUUAGAUCAAUAUUAAUAGGGUUUUCCACCAGAGAAAGAAAAUAAAUUAGCUUAUUAAUAAUAUUUAUUUACCAGAUUCACAGAAGAAUUAUGGUGAUAAUGUUUCUCUUGUGCUCAAGUUUAAUUAUUUUGUGAAAGGGUUUGAUAUUCAAAGCUAUAAACAUUAUCUUGCAUAUAUAUAAUAUGGGUAUGCUAAACAGUGCCCCGGGCACUUGUUAAGCAUACUUAAAAAGGAAAUAAAAAAUAAAAUUUAUAUUGAAAAGACAACUUUUUGUACUUUUGAGACAUUGAAUGCACACAUUUCGAGACAUAAUUUCUAU